CACACAUGAAAUCAAAUAAACUACACAAAAUAAAUAAAGCUACAAAAUUAACAAGAACCAAAAAUGACUUCAAUAGUUCCGAAUCUUAUACCACCGGCGGGUGUCGGAGCAGCCGUACCCAUAUGGAUGAAAAUUGAUUGGAGUCCCGAAAUAGAGCAUGGCAUCUACAAGGACUGGGGCUCGUACUACUCGGGCCGGCGAAGGGAGAACAUGGCCAUGUACUACUACAACAAGGCACUCUCCAUGCUGCCCGAGGACCAUGUGACCCUGUACCAUCGGAGCCAAACUAAACGGAAGAAUGCACAAACCGAAGGCGCUCUUAAGGAUUGUAACGAGGCAAAAAGAAUCUUAAACGGACUUAAGAUCAAGAAUGCACCAAUUAAUUUGGAAAUCUGUGAUGCUAUCUAUGAACUGAAUCAACUUGAGAUUGCCAAGGCGGAACUACACGAUAAUACGCGGCAGUUCAAGGGAAACAAGACAAAGUCAUUUGAGAAACGUCUCGUUGUGGUUGACGAGAACAUUAAAAACUGUUGUGGGGAAGAGCUAACACAGUUUAUAGCUGCGAAUGAGAAGUUGUUAGUUCAUGUUAAGCAACAGGACCUCAGGGCACGCAGUCUAGAUAAAAACAAACCACUGUGGAAAUUGUUAAAGGAACAAAGCAAAUGCGAUGUUUUAAGUAUCCCAGAAAUCGAAGACGAGUUACUGUCGCCACUUGAAGUCGCUAGGCGACAUCGAGCAUUUGAUGUAUUUAAUCAAAUUUACAUGGACAAGUCAUGGAUCGAUGUGGUUUUUUUGAAACAAUUGCUAAAGAACCCAACUUUGCUGCUUGAACAGUGCAAAAACUCGAAAUAUUUUCUAGGAGCUCUGAAUAAAAAGAAAUAUGAUGAAUUAAAGAAGUUCUUGAAAAUGCUUCAUGCGCGUGCGCCCAUGUACUACCUUCGAUACAACAAAUUCACCAACAAGAAACUGAUGGACAAAUUCCGGGAGGACUACCUUUACCGCAAGCAGUACCAAACCAGUCGUAAUAUGCUCUCGGUGUUAAGGAGCAUUCGAAAACUUCGUGACGCCGGAAAUAUAGCUAAACUUUCGCGAUAUGUCGAGGAAGUCAUGGGGAACUACGUGGUCCUAAAAACUGAUCGAAUUAUGCCAUGGAAGUUUGAGUUUAUGAAUGAAGUGUACAACACAUUGGCGCUGGCCUUUGCAGAGCAGUGCAGAGUCCCUCACGACAAGAAUCGCCAUUCCGACAAGGAUGCUCUUCUGAAGUUACUUCGUCUUCCCACCGACAAGUCGUGGGAUGUUCAAAAUUUCGUGUUUGGAGACCGUUCCACUCAUCAGGACGCGGAAAUAUCAGAUCCGUCUCUCUCAAAGUCCAGACUAAUGAUUACUCGAUUGGAAAAACGAAUGCUGUUUGCUAAGUAUUCUAUUGAGAAGUGCUAUCUGUUGCAUCAAAUUGGUUACACUCAUCUCAAAUCAAAUCGCUUUGAUGAGUGCUGCUUUGCAGCUCGAAAGGGCUUGAAUGAAACUAAAAACUGUAACAGCUUGAUAUACCGUUUCCUGUGCACUCUUCUCAUAAUUAAGUCCAAUGCCGCACUCCACAAGGUUGAACGCACCAAGGAAGCUCUGAUGAGGGUCAAGAAAAUGAUGCCUGAACUUCGUUCUCCUCGUAUCUCUCAUUUUGUGGAUGUUUGCAUAGCGUUAAACGAAGAAGAGUUUAAUAUAAAGAAACAACGCGGCAGUAUUGCAAGUCGACAUCAAAGUGCCACAUCCUUGCUGACUCUGACAGCCGAGGAAACUGAGACAAGUUUUGACAAGAAAAGUGAAAAGUGAAGAGACAUGUGUGCAGUAAUA